GGUUCACUAUAAAUACCAUCUGCUCACAUUGCGAGUCAUCACUUUCAUUAAACAUCAGACUGCCCAUUUGUGCUUUUUCAUCUGCGUAUGUAACAAGAAGGUGAUAUUCUGCACAUCAUGGUGAGGCUUGUGUUACCAAACCCUGGACUGGAAGACAGGAUACAAACAUAUGAGGAGCUUGAGAUACUAGAACAAAAAGAGGCAGGCGAAAGACCACAAUGGGAUAACAAAGCACAGUAUAUGCUUACCUGUAUAGGUUUUUGUGUAGGACUUGGAAAUGUAUGGAGAUUUCCUUACCUGUGUCAAAGCCAUGGAGGAGGAGCUUUUAUGAUCCCCUUCCUUAUACUAUUGGUGUUUGAAGGCAUUCCGCUACUGUUUAUAGAAUUUGCAAUUGGACAACGUCUAAGAAAAGGCAGUGUGGGAGUAUGGAGCUCCAUCCACCCAACGCUAAAAGGAGUUGGAAUUGCAUCAAUGCUGGUGUCCUUUUUUGUGGGUUUAUACUACAAUACCAUUAUAGCUUGGGUUAUGUGGUAUUUUUUCAACUCAUUUCAAGAUCCUUUGCCAUGGAGUGAAUGUCCACUAAAUGCAAACCGAACAGGUCUUGAACCUGAAUGUGCACAAAGUUCUCCUGUGGAUUAUUACUGGUACAGAGAAACACUAAAUAUUUCUACGUCAAUUGAAAAUUCAGGCACUCUACAAUGGUGGCUUGUGCUUAGUUUGGCUUGUGCUUGGGGUGUUCUAUACGUGUGUACCAUCAGAGGCAUUGAAACAACUGGAAAGGCAGUUUAUGUGACUUCCACACUUCCAUAUUUGGUUCUCACCAUUUUCCUGAUCAGAGCUCUGACAUUAAAAGGUUCAGUGAGUGGAAUCAUAUAUCUGUUCACUCCAGAUGUCAAGGAACUGGCAAAUCCGGUUACUUGGUUGGAUGCUGGUGCACAAGUCUUCUACUCUUUCUCUCUUGCAUUUGGGGGCCUUAUUUCUUUUUCAAGCUACAAUUCUAUACAUAACAACUGUGAACAGGAUGCUGUCAUUAUCUCUAUCAUAAAUGGUUGUACAUCAGUAUAUUCUGCCACAGUUAUUUACGCAAUUAUUGGAUUCCGGGCUACAGCUAGAUUUGAUGACUGCUUUGCCAGCAACAUCCUGCAACUAUCCAAUACCUUUGACAUUCCAGAAGGAAAUGUAACUGUAGAAAACUAUGAUAAUGCCCUCACCCAAUUAAAUAAUACAUAUCCAGAUGUGAUUGCAUCUCUUAAUCUUCCAACAUGUGAUUUAAACAGAAUUUUGUCCGAGGGCGUGGAAGGAACCGGACUGGCUUUUAUUGUGUUCACUGAAGCUAUAACAAAGAUGCCAGUGUCUCCUUUAUGGUCGGUUCUGUUCUUCAUCAUGUUGUUUUGCUUAGGCCUGUCUUCAAUGUUUGGAAAUAUGGAAGGAGUGUUGGUACCAUUGAUGGAUCUCAAACUUAUACCAAAAUCAUGGCCAAAAGAGGCUGUGACAGGUACUAUAUGUGCUGUCUCAUUCUUGAUUGCGUUUAUAUUUGUUCUGAAUUCUGGAAAUUAUUGGCUGGCAUUGUUUGAUGGAUAUGCUGGAUCAAUUCCUUUGCUGAUAAUUGCAUUUUGCGAGAUGGUUUCUGUUGUUUACAUAUACGGAAUAGACAGGUUUAACAAAGAUGUUGAAUUUAUGAUUGGCCAUAAACCGAACAUUUUUUGGCAAGUUACAUGGAGAGUUGUCAGUCCACUUAUUAUGUUAGCUAUUUUUAUUUUCUAUUUUGUAAUUGUAGUUUCACAAAAGCUGCUCUACAUUGUUUGGGAUCCAGAUUAUAGUGAAUUUCCCAGGUCAAAAGAAGAAGAAUAUCCAGGCUGGGUCUACGCAAUUAUUGUUGUUCUUGCUGGACUCCCAAGUCUAGUAAUACCUGGAUAUGCAAUUUACAAGUUUAUUCGGAACUGCUUCAAAAAGGACGAUGACCAAAGAGAAAUGAUAAAUGCUGCAUCUCUUGUCUCUAUCAAUGGUGAUAGUAAAAAACUAUAAAGUUUACAUGCAAAAUGAAAGACUUCCAGUCUUGAAUCGUAAAAAAAACUUGUAAAUUUCUGUAAUUGAAAAAAUGUGAAAGAAACUGAAGAAG